CCAUAGGGACGGGUUUUAGGGUGGAACAUAACAAACACACGGAACAUAACAAGAUGGCAGCUUCACAAGGUGAUUGCUUAAUCAUUACACACAGGUGUGCAGCGGGAAGUUGGGGCUUGGUGAUUGGCACACAGGGUGUAGAUUGGUGUUCUUUAGGCCGCCGCUUGCAGUCGAGGUUAUGCGUGGCUCGGGGAAAGUCGUGGCAGACAGCGGGCGUUUGCAACAAGGCCGCCGGACCGACGUGACGAUCCCGGUGGGAGACGCGACGGGGACUGCUCGCCUCGCCACCAGCUAGCCCUGAAGCCGGGUUGCCUUGCUACCGAAGCGCCAUCGGAUGCCAGAGGGGUGGAAUCGUCCACCCCUCGCAAAGCUAAGUAACCUGCCCUUUGCUAUGCAGCGACUGCUCCUGUGAUGUGAAUCUGGCUACAGCUGAGUCUACUUCCUCAACUGCAUUAACGUUAUCCCAUCAGCUGCUUGUUCGACUAGUCUGCUACAGUCUGCUACUGUCUUCCGAUUGAUGAGUGCUGCCGCUCCUGAACUGUAAACACUGGAUCUAGCGACGUCAUAAAGACUGUUUACCCAGAGACUAACGUGACGUUGCUAACGGCGGCGCUGACUGUCCGUGGCGGCCAUUGGGCUAAUGUCUCUGUUUUAUUGAAGAUGCUCCUUGUCCCUGUCCUUUACAUUGUUAUGUGCUGGCGCCACGAGUGUUGCCAGCGAGGACUAUUUUCUACUCCCACCUCAGUGCUGAACCAGCUAGCUGCAUCCUGUAGCCACCAGCUAACUCCAUCCCCUUUAGCUCCCUCUAUGGCCCUUCUGCAGCGGCCGUAAUACUGACUGACAUACGUGGCCUCAGCCACUCUUUCUUAUAGCCGAGCCUAGUGGCCAUAACAGCCUAGUGGUGUGGGGUGCAGUGUUUUGAGAGUGCUGUGCUGUGUAAAGUGACCAACGGGGCGGACUGUCCCCCUUACUUCCAUUGAACUGUUUUCUGUUAUAACACUGAGUGCUGUGCCGUGAUAAUUUGUUCAAACAGCGUGACUGUCUUUCAUUAUUGUGUGUAGUGGACUGUUUGCUUCCUGUUAUUCCCUGGGCCUGGCUGUACAAAGAGGGUGUGGACGCGUAUGGUAAUUCGCCUCUGUCUUACUGUCUGAACAGCUGCCACAGUCUGCGGAGCCGCUGAGGGGAGAGACUGGGCCUACCACCGCCAGCAGGAGGGACCGCCACUGGAGGAGCCCUUGCCAACCACCCUGGGCCUUGUUUGGUGGGACUGCUCGUUGCACUGAACAUUGAGGGGGGGGGUAGCUCUUAGGACCAAAGACUUUUAAAUACUCUUCUCCAUUUAUUAAAUAAAAGACAUUUUGUACUUUACCACUUGACCCUUGGCAUUAUUGCAGAGUACAGCGUUCUCCCCACUGACAGAGGUCUUUUUAGCUAGGGGGCAUCAGCGCCCCCUACCUGUGACAUUUGGCGGUAGUCGGCAGGAUUCUGCAGUGGGUUGAGACACUGUACUCUCCAAUAUGUCGGAGGAAGAAGCACCCGCUCCCCGGCCCCAAGUAAUGAUGCCGUUUUUUAUGGGGGCUCCUUGGACACAGAGAUUUGGGGGGCGAGGCUCAGAGCUGAAUCUUAAGGAAUGGCAGGCUCAAAUUAAGUAUCUGAUUGAGGUCCAGGGGCUUCGAGAACCUCAACAAUUACAGUUUAUCCUUGGUUCGUUAGAGGGGGAGGCUAAGAGAGAGAUACUGGCCCUAGAGGGGGCAAACCGUGAUACUGCAGAGAAAAUUUUCAAUCGUCUGACCGUAUUGUAUGGAGACAAUACACCUAUAGCUGCUCUAAGGGCACAAUUUUUCAAUUGUCGACAAAGCCCUAAGCAAUCCGUUCGGUUGUUUGCUUUACAAAUACUUGAGAUGUUUUCCAGGUUGAAGAGGAGAGGCAGUGCAGGCCUGGGAGAUGAUGAUACCCUUGCCCGAGACCAGUUUGUAAUGGGGCUGCGCGAUGGCCAUACCCGCCAAGCAUUGAAAGCACAGCUACGGAGAGACCCAAACAUGACAUUUGAAGCUGUAAGAAAAGAGGCUUUAGAGUUGGAAGAGGAUCAGUCAGAACAGGGUGAACAGCAGGGCUGCCUGAAUGUCAGAAGCUCCGAAGACUCAACCGUCGCGGCCUCUGCAGCUGCCGCUCCUGUGAAGGACUGGAAGCAAGAACUACGAAUGGAAAUAAUGAAGGACGUCCAAGAGCAGCUCACGGUGAUGUCCAAGGCCAUCCGGGAGGAGCUACGCGCUAGCCGUCCUACUACAUCUCGGCCCCCUCGUGAACGCUCUCAGCCAGAAGGGACAUGGGAGGGGCGUUGGCCAUCCAAUCGACCUGCUAGACCGAGGUUCCAAUGGGACGACCAAGGGCGCCCCAUCUGCAACAAAUGUGGCGAAGCGGGCCACGUCAGCCGUCAGUGCCCCCCGAGACGAGCGUCACAAGGGGAUUUUUAAUGCCUCCGGCCACAGUGGGUCAAGUGACCGGAAACCCUCUAAGUGACCCCUCUGUUUCCCCUCGAGACCUUUUAGUUGGCCAAUGCCCCCUGGUGGAGGUAAAGGCAAAUGACAAGACUAUACGUUGCCUGGUAGACACUGGUUCUCAGGUCACCAUGUUCUCUGAGACUUUGUGCAAAGAACUGUUCUCUGACCAACAGCCCCAGGGCCCUUAUGGACCCUGGUUGUCUCUGCGUGGUGCCAAUGGCUUGGAUAUUCCAUAUAUAGGCUACUUAGUGCUAGACUUUCAAGUGAAGGAUGUGCUUGUACCAGCUAGGGGGGUGGUGGUCGUUCGAGAUAAUUGUUUGGGGUCACAUAGGGCUCUGUUAGGAAUGAAUGUGAUAGCUGCUUGUUGGGAACAACUCUUCCAGCACCAGAAGACGGCCCCCACCGCGACUUCCAGGGCUACAGAGGAGAAAGGAUGGGAACAGAUCUUUGCCGACUGCCAGAGGAUAUAUGCAGCUGCCACACAGCAAGAAAGGUCAGACACUGCCCGGGUGGCCUGCCGAUUUGCCAUCACGAUCCCUGCACAUAGCGAAGCACUCGUGUGGGCCAAACUCCCAGCCCAAACAAGGUUGGCCGACUCCUGUGUAAUGGUGGAGCCACACGGGGAAUGCUCAGGGGUGGAAGUAGCCCGGGGCCUCGCCACAGCGCACAGGGGUCGAGUCCCAGUGCGGGUCAGAAACCUCCAAGCACGCCCGGUCCUUCUCCAUCGGCACCUCAAGUUAGCCCGUGUCACCACUGUGGAUGCUUCGCGGGUGAGAGAGGGCCCUGAUGUCCGCUUCACAGAGGGGGAUGGUCUUGACGCCAACCAGCAGCUGCAGUUGCAGCGAUUUCUGACCAGAUGGCAGCAUGUGUUUUCUACACACGACGAGGAUUACGGCUGUACAGACCUUGUGACUCAUCAGAUUCCAACGGGUGAGGCAGCGCCACUCCGCGAGAGGUACAGGCCCGUGCCACCGACUCUCUACAAGGAAAUCCGGACUCUGUUACAAGCACACCUGCAACAUCUGGAAGAGGUGUUUCGAGCACUCCAGCGUUACGGCCUGAAGCUACGCCCCGAAAAGUGCCACCUCUUCGGGAAGGAAGUAAAGUUCUUGGGCCAUUGCGUCAGCAAGGAAGGAGUCGCCCCAGACCCCGACAAGGUCGCCGCUGUACAGGACUGGCCUCCACCUAAAACAGUCAGCUGCCACAGUCUGCGGAGCCGCUGAGGGGAGAGACUGGGCCUACCACCGCCAGCAGGAGGGACCGCCACUGGAGGAGCCCUUGCCAACCACCCUGGGCCUUGUUUGGUGGGACUGCUCGUUGCACUGAACAUUGAGGGGGGGGGUAGCUCUUAGGACCAAAGACUUUUAAAUACUCUUCUCCAUUUAUUAAAUAAAAGACAUUUUGUACUUUACCACUUGACCCUUGGCAUUAUUGCAGA